UAUUAGUCUAUUCAAACGUUGGAUUGAUUUAGAUCAGAUGACUUUUUACAUAUCUAAAAUUCUUUCGCUUCCUGGACCAAAGGGCGGAUUAUCUAGGUUAUUUAGAAGCAUGGCAGCAGAAAAAGAUUGGUGGAAGAAAGCAACAUCUAUUUAUGAAUUUUCUGCCAAAGAUAUUGAUGGCAAUGAAGUAUCAUUAGAAAAAUAUAAAGGUCAUGUUGUAUUAAUCUUAAAUUGUGCAUCCAAAUGAGGGUUCACAGAAAAGAACUACACUCAGCUACAAGCUUUGCACGCCAAGUAUGCUGAAUCGAAAGGUCUUAGGAUCCUUGGAUUUCCCUGUAAUCAGUUUGGAAGUCAGGAACCUGGAACUGAAGCAGAAAUAAAGAGUUUUGUCACAGAUAAAUUUGGUGUUCAGUUUGAUAUGUUCUCAAAGAUAAAUGUGAAUGGAAAUGAUGGCCAUCCUUUAUUUAAAUAUCUCAAACAUAAACAAGGAGGCACACUCGGGGAUUUCAUCAAAUGGAAUUUUACAAAGUUUCUAGUGAACAAAGAAGGAAUACCAGUAAAAAGAUAUGCACCAAAUACAGAACCAAACAGCAUUGAAAAAGAUUUUGAGAAAUAUUGGUAGUUGUGCAUAAACAAUAAACAUAUCUUUGUUAUCAUAGUGCAUGUGGCUGUGCCAGAUAGAUGACAGACUCUGUCUUGAAGACUGUAUGAAGGUUGAUAUCAAAUCCAUUCUGGGGAUGUCAACCUGAGCUAUAAUGGCGUGCAAUUUGUCUUGCAAGAUGGAGAGUGUUUCUUCAUUGGCAUGUUUACAUCCACUAUUGUUGACUGUUGUAUUUUCCUAUGUUGUGCGGACUAUAUUUACUGUUAUCAAUGAAUCAUUGUUUUUGUAUAAGUGAAUCAUAUGUACUUCUAUAUCAAUGAAUCUUUGUUUUUGUAUAAGUGAAUCAUAUGUACUUCUAUAUCCAUCAAUCUUUGUUUUUGUAUAAGUGAAACACAUGGUCAUAAAAUCUAUUUUUAUGGAUGUAAUUAUUUCUUUUAAAAUAUUUAAAAUUUGCUUAAGUUGUACAAAGCUGUCCAAUUUUAUUUAUUUUUUAUUUUUUUACAAGUCCUCAUGUUAAAAUUGUUGAUUUCAGAAUCUUAGUCUCAAUUUUGUUGCUAAGAUUUUAAGGAGACCUUAUUUUCCUAAAAUGUUCUGUCCCACUGCAUUUUCCUAACUUCCCCUUCUUUAUUGCAAAUAAAAAAACACAAAAAGGUUUUUCAGUUUUGUUUGAAUUGAAUUAGAGUAAACCAAAGCAUUAUCACUAGUCUAAGUGUAAGCAAAA